CUUACAUUAACCGUCGCACCUUCUCAACCAGUAUUGCCGCCAAGAUGAUCAUUACACCUGUCCCAUGUCUCAAAGACAAUUAUGCCUACCUCUUGCUCGAUAAUGAAUCAAAGAAAGCUAUGGUAGUGGAUCCAGUUGAACCUGAUAAUGUAUUGGGUGCUUUAAAAGCAAAGUAUCCAGAAUACACUUUGACUGGUAUCUUGACUACACAUCAUCAUUGGGAUCAUGCUGGUGGAAACUUAAAGCUUCUGAACAAACUGUCAAAGGAUAUCCCAUGCUAUGGUGGAUCCUCUCAAGUAACUGGUGUAAGCAAUCUCCUCAAAGGUGGAGAGACAAUUGAAUUGGGAUCUUUGACGAUCAAGUCUAUGCCAACCUAUGGUCACACUAUGGAUCAUAUGUGCUACUAUGUUGUAGACAAGAACACAAACCAACAUGCUGUCUUUACUGGCGAUUGUUUGUUUUCGUCAGGUUGCGGUAGAUUGUUUGAGGGUAGCCCUGGAGACAUGUGGGCAGCCAUGGUUCGCUUGAAAGCUUUGCCUGAAAGCACCGAGGUGUACUUUGGUCAUGAAUACACAAACUCAAACCUAAAGUUUGCCGAGCAUGUCGAGCCCGACAACCAGGACAUCCAGACCAAGAUUGAAUGGGCCAAUGAGACCAAGUGUACGACCCCUUCGACCAUCAAAAAUGAGUUGGCUACCAAUCCCUUUAUGCGCGCCGAUCAACCAUCCGUGCGGGAUCGUAUCACCACUCCAGGCAACACCUCCAUUAGUCCCGAGCAGGUGCUUGGAAUUGUUCGCAGCAUGAAAGACAAUUUUUAAUACUAAAGAUAACAUCAUAACAGCAAUUGAAGUGAAAAAAAAUAAAUCAAAUCAAAUGAAGCGAGU